UUUUGUACCCGUAUCUUCCGUCGCGAUGAAACCUUUAGUACAUUACAAGUGCCUUUAAACAUCACGACAGCCGAGCUCCUGCAAAAGAUAGGAGGAAAAAUGUUUUUGGAAGAUAUGAACAAAUAUCGCCUAGUGCUGAAGACUAAUAUUGGUGAGCGUGUCUUGCAAGCUACCGAAAGACCGGUGUAUAUUCAAAAGGAUCUCCUGGUCAAAUCUGGAUAUACCGAUGAAGACAUAAUUGAAAACGUCGGAAUUGAGGAUACUUCUUAUCUGUUUCGCUUCAUAUUCGAGCAAAAAACCCAACAGCAAGCUCAAGAAGAGCUUGGAAUUCGACAGCAUGUAGAUCUGCAGGCACAGAAUCUACCGGCAAUCCCAAUUUACCUGUUUAAAAACGCUUCUAGGAUUGUCUCCCUCAAUGUUUCCAAGAAUCUUCUCAUGGAGAUUCCUGUAGAUUUUGCUCAGAUGUGCAUCAGUCUAAAAGAACUAAGACUUACCAAUUGUGAAUAUUCUACAGUACCACCUUCGAUUCGUUUCGUUUAUAGUCUCGAGAGUCUCAACAUGUCCAACAACUGCUUGACUACCCUAGAACCCGCUCAACUUGAAAAUAUCAAGGGCCUAAAUACUCUAACGAUAUAUAACAACAAACUCAGCGACCUUCCAUCAUCAUUCAGUUCCUUUAAACAACUCACCGUCCUCAUGAUUUCUAAUAACGAUCUCUCUAUAUUCCCUGCAGUUAUUGGUGAUAUAACAAGUCUUGUCCACCUCGACAUUAGUUUUAACAAGAUAACCACUAUACCAGAUUGUAUCGGAAACCUUACAAACCUCAAUGUUCUGCUAGCCAUUGCCAAUCGUAUUAAAGGAGGUCUUCCACCUAGCUUUGCAGGGCUCCAGAGCCUGCGGGAAUUGGAUAUACGCCAGAAUAGCAUAACCGAUAUUGACGUUUUAUCAAAAUUGCCCAACCUUCAUUCCGUAUCUGCAGAUUAUAACUCUGUGGGGAUUAUUAAUUGCGAGCUUAACAAUAUACGGCAAUUGAAAAUGUGCAAAAACCAUCUUACCCAUUUUAACCUGCUCAAAAAGGCCGAGGUUAUCUCAAACGAAAUACCAAACACGAUUACCACAUCACCCGAGAACCAGCUGACUGAACUAAACCUUUCCAACUGCAAACUAUCCUCUCUUCCAGAUGAACUUUUUCUCAAUACAACUCUUCUAGAACGUCUCAUUCUCGACAACAACACGCUUACUUCUAUCCCUGACAGCAUCGGAGUCCUGUCCAAAUUGAUCCAUCUAUCCAUACACACAAACAACAUUGACAGCCUUCCAGUAGAAAUUGCCAAACUUGGCAAUUUAAAGACUCUCGACGCACAGAAGAACAACCUAAAGACACUCCCCAAAGAGAUAUGGCUAUGCUUAUCACUCGACACAUUGAAUUGCUCAUCAAAUUUGCUCGAAUCUUUCCCCGUGCCUUAUUCUGCACCUGGUAUAGCAUUGCACCUUCCCCUGACCCCUCAAGCAGAGGCAGCUGUCACACAGUCUGUUAUGGCUAAUGCAGUUUCUGAUGGCGUUUUGCCUACUCAACUUGGAUCAAAUGCUGGCCAGGGAAUUGUUCCCAUGACGCCUAGCGGGAGCCCAAAUGAACCCGCACUUCCUACCUUUAUUGUCACAGACUCUAGUAUCGAAGGCAAUUUUAUAGACUCGGGUAUAGCAGGCGAAGGUUCUAGUCCAAACAGUGCUCUUUCUCAAAGACCACCCAAUUUCAACCCUCCGUCUUUCUUUGCAAGCCCUCGCAAUCAUCCUCCUCCAUUGUCCCUCUCAUUGCGUACCCUGUUAUUGGGCGACAAUCGUUUGACAGACGAUGUCUGGUCUCCUCUUUCGCUAUUUUUGGAAUUACGCACCCUUAACCUAUCAUUCAAUGACCUGUACGAAAUCCCCCCUGAAGGACUUUGUCACCAACAUUUGUACGAACUUUACCUGUCUGGAAAUAAUCUAACAUCAUUACCUGCUGAUGAUAUUGAACGGCUCAGCUUCUUGCGUGUAUUGGCAGUUAAUGGAAACAAACUCCAAACUUUACCAGCUGAAAUCGGCAAGUUAAGAAAGCUACUCGUCUUAGACGUUGGUAAUAAUGUGUUGAAGUACAAUAUUGCUAAUUGGCCCUACGAUUGGAACUGGAAUUGGAACUUGGAGCUUAAGUAUCUCAACUUGUCGGGGAACAAGCGAUUGGUUAUCGAGAAAACUCUGCCAGAUCCAAACAAUCCGAGCAACAAAGACCUAUCUGAUUUUAGUGCACUAAAACACCUACAUAUGCUGGGAUUAAUGGAUAUUACUAUCUUGGGAGUAUCUGUUCCCGAAGAGAGCGACAAUUGUCGUGUGCGUACGUCUCCCUCUGACGUUAACGGGAUGGAUUAUGGUGUGGCCGAUUGGCUCGGUCGUCCUAGCGAUCUUGCAACCUGGGAUCUUGUGAUGCCCAAGUUCAGAAACAAGGAUGAUGAAUGUGUUUUCGGCCUGUUCGACGGAAGAAGCAAUACAAAGUCAUGCUGCAAGGUCACCAAGUUCUUGAACAAGAAUCUCACUAUAUCUCUCAAUAAGGAACUGAAUAAAAACAAGCACGAUGACUCGAUUGUAUCAGCCAUACGCCGCACAUUCUUAUCAUUAGAAAAAGAGCUUGGUCUGGCCAAGGAUGAAAAGAAAGACUCGGGUGCCUCUGCCGUGAUGUGCUACAUUUCUGGUACAAAACUUUAUGUUGCCAACGUCGGUGACGCUUUGGCAGUUAUCUCGCGCAACAACGGACAGGCCUAUGAGAUUACUCAAAAGCAUAUUCCACUUAAUCCUGGCGAAGUCUUACGUAUCCAUGCUGCCGGAGGCUAUGUUUCGAGUCUAGGACAGCUCAACAGCGAGCUCGCUGUAUCAAGAAGCUUUGGUCAUUUCCAUUUAGUACCCGUGGUCAAUGCUAACCCUUAUGUCUCAACCAUCCAACUGACACAUGCUGACGAGUUUGUUAUUAUGGCUUCGCGUGGUCUAUGGGAUCGCAUGUCGUACCAGACUGCGGUUGAUAUUGCACGUACAGAGAAGGAUGAUUUUAUGGCGGCUGCACAGAAGCUCCGCGAUUUUGCUAUUUCGUACGGUUCCGGAGACAGUCUAAUGGUUAUGGUGAUCGGUGUUGGUGACCUGUUCCAUAAACGCGAAAAGAAGAUGCGCAACAGAGGAAACAUGGGCUCGAACCGCGGACCAGAUGGGACAGGAAUGAUGGGGGAUGACGGUGGUAUGACUCUUGCUCGUUUAGAGAAAGAGGUUCAUCCACCAAUGGGGCAAGUUGCCUUGGUGUUUACAGAUAUCAAGAGCUCUACUCAGUACUGGGAAACCCAACCGGAAAACAUGCGGGCAUCGAUCAAAAUUCACGACGCUGUUAUGCGCCGCACAUUACGAAGUGUGGGUGGUUACGAAGUCAAGACAGAAGGUGAUGCAUUCAUGGUCUGUUUCCAGAAUAUUACAGCAGCAUUGUUAUGGUGUUUCACUGUCCAGCUGCAGCUUCUGGAAGCUGACUGGCCUGCAGGAAUUGUUGAUUCUGAGGAAGGAAAAGAAAUCACAAAAGAUGAUGUUGUAAUCUACAAGGGAUUGUCUGUACGCAUGGGUAUCCAUUGGGGAACACCUGUAUUUGAGCGUAAUCCUAUCACCAACCGAAUGGAUUACUUUGGACCUGUGGUAAACAAAGCAAGCCGUAUCAGUAAUGCGGCAGAUGGCGGACAGAUCUGUGUAUCUUCAGACGUAGUUGCAGCUCUGAGGAACUUCCCGAUUGUGUUUAGCAAUGAACAAUCUCUUCGUAGCGAUGAAGUUGGCGGAGGUGUAUCGAUAACAGGAAACCACAGUAUUGACCGAGACCUUCAACAGCUUAAGCGUCUUGGAUUUCAUAUCAUGGAACUCGGGGAGCGAUAUCUCAAGGGUCUGGAAACACCCGAAAUGCUUAGUCUCGUUUAUCCUGGUCAACUACUAGCACGC